AUGAUUUUGGACACAAUCUGCCUAGAUGCGAUCCUGAACCUUCCUAAGCGGGGGUUGGAUUUCGCCCUACAGCUGGCCGCGUACACGAAACUCCAGGAGCAGUGCGACCGCUUUGAGAACCAGGUGGCCCACGCCCUCGCCCAGACGGAGGUCUUGGAGACUCAGGUCACCGAGGCCACCAGGGGGAAGGUCAUCGAACAGCAGAAGGAGGCCUUCGCCAGGCAGCGCUUGGAGCAGACGCGCGCGCGGAAGGACCAGCUCGCCCAGCGACUGGAUGAACGGCGACGGCAGUGCCAGGAGGUGGAAACAGAGACCUUGAAACUGAAGGUACUGAAGACUGAUGAAGAUGAUGUUGAGGUUCGCCGCCCUCGCGUCGCGCUGCUGCUGCUGCUGCUGCUUCAGGACCUGCAUUCUACAGAGCCCUUGGAUGAGUGGCCAAAGCUGCGUGUGCUUGCAGUGGACGAAAGCAACGAAACUGGAAAACUACAAGUUGUGCCAUUGUUGCGUGCCCGGUGGGCAUGUGAGAAAGCGCUGGACGCUUUACGCAAGAAACCCAUGCGCUUGGGGAUCGAUGUCUUGGGCGCAUUAGCAUGUCCGUUGGAUCGCAUUGAGCAGGAAAUGUGGCGGCUCCACUGUGCUAUGACAUGCAGUGGCGCGAGUGUGAAGGAGUUGCAAUGCCUGCGCCGCUUGGCGCGGCGUUACCACGUGCAGGUUUCAGGUGUGGGGAAGCACUUGAACCUGCGCUUAUUUCCUGAAGCACACACGCAUGUCGACGGCGAAUGCAUAUGUGAUGUGCGCUCAGUCUUGGAGUUUGGAAUUGAAUCCGGCGACCGAUUUUAUGAUCGUGAAAUUGACCGCGUGCUGAUCACGCAAGUAGAGUGCGGGACGGUGCUGAUGCUCUGGGCCUUUCGUGCGCCCGUUAAAGCGGAGUGGUUGAUGGCACCCUUCGCGCGCCUACGAGGUGUGGCGGUGGAGGCGUGGCCUCACGAUGUGGAGAGCUGCGCCAGCUGGCGGCUGGGGGAAGUCCAUCGCACUCCAAGCGGCUGCGUAAAGGAAGAUGUGUUCAGCGUAUAG